UGCACGAGUACUGCACUGUACAAGGUUAUAUGUCGUCAGGUGAGAAGUUGCCUGCGUAGGAACAAUCGGAUCGAAGCAUCUGGCCUGGGCAGCAAUCGACCGCCUUUAAACAUGCUUACCGACCUGCAGUAGCAGCCUGCAGACCAACUUAACUCGUUGUCUACAUAUCUAGCACAUGGUCGUUGUUGGUGGUGGUGGUGAGCGUCAAGGGACUACUGUAUGCGAGCGGCACAGGCGCCGCUCGCACUCGCUCUGAUCAAUGCGCGCAUCCAGUUGGCAAGCAAGAAAGGAAUCAAGCAUGAUCGAGGACCGUUUCUGGCGCUGGGUACCUUUCCCUGUCUCUCGACCUUUCUCACGCUUGUCACUUCCGCUCAUCGUUUUGUGUGGGUGUGUGAGGGUGUGUGUGUCUGCUUCUCCAAAGGUUGUCGUCUUCUUGGGGGGGUUUGUAGGUCGCCACGAGCCAGGGCGUCAGUCAGGCCACACGUGCGUAGUACACGUGAAUCCCUGCCUUCUCCGCCGACCCGCUCGGGUCCUUUCAAAUGGACCUUCUGGGGAUUCAAGGGAUUGACGAUCGCUACUGCGAUUACACUGUCUCUAGUAUGGUUCAUUAUCCUCGAAAAUGACAAGAUGAUCCGAUCGUUGUUGGUGGACAGCUGUCAGCACGAUCAUCACAGGAAGUCGCGAAGUCGGCAGGAGCAGGUCCAAUCACGAGUCUGUUUUUCCGUCGGAUGAAGGACGAGUGUACAGUAGACUUCUGAGAACGUUUGCGGCACAGCACACUACUGCGAAGUAGUGGUGGGCUGUUCGACGGCCGCCAAAGGAACGGUCCCGCGCUUUGAUGACGAUUGACGAGGCCACCCAUCCAAAUCUUCCCGUC